CGGUGGAUGUCCAGUCGGGGAGCGGCUGUGCGGGCGGACGGUCCGGAGUAGAGGGGCGAGCGGUGGACGGACGGACCCCAAUGACCAACCAGGCGGCCAACAAACCCUCCAAAGCUGCUCAGCGGCUGCACAGUCUCCGCAAAAACUCCAGCAACCGCAAGAUCUUCUCGGCGGCUUACCAGGAGUAUGAGAACAGUAGUUCAGAGGAGGAUGCAGAGGAGGGGAGGAGGGCGGAGUGCCGGGACCCGGAGGAGAGUUUCCAGAACAUCCAGAUUCAGAAGGAGAUAAUCUCGACUAUUCGCAUCAAGCCAUGGACAAUGGAUAAGAAGCUGAAGGUGUUGAGGCAGGCCAAGGAGAUAGUGCUGAAAUAUGAGGGGAGGCUGACCAGAACAAGAGGCUACCAGGCAGCAGGCGCAGAGCUGUGGAAGCGGCUUGGGAGACUGGUGUACAAUAUCAUGGUGCUUUUUAUCCCCUGGGAAAUGAGAAUCAAGAAAAUUGAAAGUCACUUUGGCUCUGGUGUGGCUUCGUACUUUAUCUUUCUGAGGUGGAUGUUUGGCAUCAACAUCGUGCUGACCAUAAUGACCGGAGCAUUUGUCAUCUUACCUGAGCUGUUAGCAGGAGCUCCGUUCGGAAGUGUUACAAGCAAAACAAUUCCCGCGGGAUACAUUGGAACGGCACAAGACCUGGAUACCAUCUGGUCACUUGGGGGCUACCUCCAGUAUUCUGUCAUGUUCUAUGGUUACUAUGGCAACAAGAGGAAGAUUGGGCGCGCUGGCUACCAUUUGCCCCUGGCCUAUUUCAUGGUUGGGAUGGCCAUGUUCGCCUACAGCUUCAUCAUUCUGCUGCGCAAGAUGGCCAAGAACUCUCGACUGAGCAUGGCCAGCGCCUCUGAUGAAAACUACACCUUCUGCUGGAAGCUGUUCUGUGCCUGGGAUUACCUGAUUGGCAACCCAGAGGCUGCGGAGAGCAAGACGGCCGCAGUCAUCAACAGUAUCCGAGAAGCUAUUCUGGAGGAGCAAGUGAAGAAGAAGGAUAGAAGUCUGGCAGUGAUCAUCAGUCUGAGGAUCCUUGCCAAUAUCCUGGUGCUUCUCUCGUUGGCUGGUAGCAUCUACAUCAUCUACUUUGUUGUUGAUCGCUCUCAGGAGCUAGAACGGACCAAGAUCGAGCUCACUCUCUGGGAAAAGAACGAGGUCAGUGUGGUCGUUUCACUCAUCACCAUGAUCGCACCGUCUGUGUUUGAGCUGGUCGCCCAGCUGGAGAUGUUGCACCCCAGGACCACACUGCGCUUCCAGCUGGCCAGGGUGCUGGUUCUGUACCUGGGAAACCUCUACAGUUUGAUCAUCGCUCUGCUUGACAAAGUGAACAGUAUGAGUAUGUUGGAUAACACCAAUGACACAGGCUCAUCAUUCUUGGCCACCAGAGCACUGCCAGAGGAGGAGAAUCUCUCGACCAUCGUACCUGAGAUCAGGCUGAGGCAGAACAUCACCUUCAGCUCAGCCUACAACAAAACCAAACCAAUAAGCAAGUUUAAUAAGACAGCCACAUAUGACUACAACAUUCUGUCACAACAAGACCAGUGCUGGGAAACGUAUGUGGGACAGGAGAUGCUGAAGUUGUCUAUCAUAGACAUGUUGUUCACCGUUGGCAGCAUUCUGCUCAUUGACUUCAUUCGUGGCCUCUUUGUCCGAUACCUGAGUGACUGUUGGUGCUGGGAUCUGGAGAACAAGUUUCCCGAGUAUGGAGAGUUCAAGAUAGCGGAGAAUGUACUGCAUCUGAUAUAUAACCAGGGAAUGAUAUGGAUGGGAGCCUUCUUCUCACCUUGCCUUCCAGCCUUCAACGUCCUCAAACUGAUUGGUCUGAUGUAUUUAAGGAGCUGGGCAGUGCUGACGUGCAAUGUUCCACACCAGCAAGUAUUCCGAGCAUCAAGGUCUAACAACUUCUACCUGGCCAUGACCUUGUUCAUGUUGUUCUUGUGUAUGCUGCCCACUGUCUUUGCUAUUGCCAGAUACCGCCCAUCACAGAGCUGUGGGCCCUUCAGUGGCCAGGAUAAGAUUUAUGACAUUGUGUCUGACACAAUAGUGAAUGAUUUCCCCGGCUGGUUCAACAUGGUGAUGAGUUACGUCACCAGUCCCGUGGUGGUCCUGCCUGCUCUGCUCCUGCUCUUUAUGCUGAUCUAUUAUCUCCAAUCUAUUGCUCGCUCACUAAAGUUUACCAACAAUCAACUCCGGAUGCAGCUCCAAGUUGAGAGAACAGAAGACAAGAAGAAAGUGUCACAGAUGGUAGCAGCAAGGUUUCAGGAAGAAAGCAAGAGUGGAGAACACGAGAGUGAUGUCACCAGCCAGGGGUCGUCCCUGCACUCGUCGCCCCAUAGGAAUGGGGACUUGGUGAACGUCGACUCGCCCGCCUGUGCCAGGACUCACGUCCAGAGUAUUUCCCAUCAGCUGGCUCAUCCUGCCAACCCCCCGAGGGUCAUCGACCCCACUCACCACCCGCCCGCUGGAGCUGCACUAAAGCAGCGGGUCGAACACCACCCACACAGGUACCCAGCAGCUGUGGCAGCAACCACGAGUGGCCACUACAGAGCCAAGCCACCGGCCAGCCGAGUUACCAGAUUGCCGGAGCAUCUCCGUGCCGAGGUGCCGAUUGGGAAGUGCGUGAGACCGGUCGUCUAUUCCCCCACGCAAGGUCCUCCACAGACGAUUCUGGGCCGUAGAGUCCACACUGCCCGGUACAUCCUGGUUAAUGAGCGGGAAUCCAGGACCAGGAUGAUGCGUCCCAUCGGCAGAAUCACCAGACGUUACACCAUGGAGGAGCCUAGAGAAAUGGUGGAGAUGCUGCCACGCAAGGUGAAGCAUUACAUCAUGCACAGAGCACAGGGGGUGAGCUCGCAGUUACACUUCAGCGAGGAGGAAGAGGAGGAGGAGGGGGACGAGGAAGAUGUGGCACAAACCUCCUUCAUCACAUCACCUCGCCCCCACUCCUUGUCAGACCUCCACCAACCCACUCGCUUCUACAUCGGCGACAGCAAAGACAGUCGGCUGCUGAUCGGGAAAGACUCGACCCAGAUUCAGUACGGGUCAUACAACGAGGGGCAGGUUGUACCUGGGACGUCCCACGAUCAGGGACCUGACAUCCAAAGUACGGGAGCUCACGCCAAGCGGAAGGCCAAGCAGAGAGCAGACCAGUCACUGACCGAAUCAGACUCAGUAUCCAUAGCAUCGAGCAGCGACCUGCAAAACAGCAGCAGUGACCAGUACAUACAGGUCAUUCACAGCAAGGACAAGUGUGUGAAACCUUCUAGUGACAAACUAAACACACCCAAGUCAAGAGCAAAUGUUGAACUGAAUGUUACUGAGGCUAAAGAGCUGAUAUGUUCAAAUGUCUAGCGGGAUGAUACCUUUGUUUACACACAAGGUCAACAUGUACAGAACGUACUACUGCAUGGUGUGCCUAUGCUGAAUGUUAUUUUAGUUUUUAGAGAUACAGCAUGGAAACGGGCCCAUCAGCUCACUGAGUCCAUGCCGACCACUUUCUCAUCCACACCCCACAAACUAGGAAUAAUUCACCAUGGGAAGGAACUGCAGAUGCCGGUUUACACUGAAGACAAACACAAAAUGCUGGAGUAACUCAGCGGGACAGGCAGCAUCUCUGAAUAGAAGGAAUGGGUGAUGUUUCUGGUCGAGACCCUUCUUCAGACUGAGCCAGGGGAGAGGGAGACACAGAGAUAAGGAAGUGUAAGGUGUAAAAACGAGACAUCAAAAGAGAUGGGGUUCAAGGAAAAUGUAGAAUAGAUCAUUGUUAGCUCGGACAACAAAGCAAACAGAUAAAAAUGUAAUCGGGGACUGUCAGAUCGGUCGGAGAGCUAGAAGGGGGAAGGGGAUGGAGAGAGAGAGGGAAAGCAAGAGAUACUUGAAGUUCGAGAAGUCAAUGUUCGUAUCGUUGGGGUGUAAGCUGUCCAAGCGAAAUACGAGAAGCUGUUCCUCCAAUGUGCGCUGGGCCUCAUUGGAUGUCAAUGGAGGAGGCCCAGGAAAGAAAGGUCAGAAUGAGAGGGGGAGUUAAAGUGUUUGGCAACCAGGAGAUCAGGUUGGUUUAGACGGACUCUGAGAAAGUUAGUUUAUUGAAAGAGCAAUAAAUCUACACUAGGUUCUGAAAAUCCACACUUGAAAUAACCCCAAAAUGCUGGAAUUGCUCCUUAGGUCAGGCAGCAUCAAAAGAGAGAGAAAGGGGAGAUUUUUAAUGAUUUGGGUGAAAGAUCCUUCAUGAAAACUAGGAUUAAGUAGAAAUAAGCAGCUUUUCAUUGAUUGAUGGCAAGAUACAGCAUGGAAACAGGCCAUUAACCCCAGCAUCACCUGUUCACACUAGUUCUUUGUUAUCCCACCUUCUCAUUCACUGCCUGCACACUAGGGGCAACGUACAAACCUGCACGUCUUUAGGAUAUGGGAUGAGCCGGAGCUCUCGGAGAAAACCCACACGGUCACAGCAAGAAUGUAGAAACUCUGUACGUCAGCGCCCGAGGUCAGGAUUGAACCUGGCUCUCUAGCGCUGUGUGGGCAGCAGCUCUGCCACUUGCUCCUAACACCCAACACCUCUUGUGUAAGAGAAUCUUUCCACCUCCACCUUAACCCGGAGACUGUAAGUUAACCUCAUCUAUUCCAUACCUAUUGUAUGAAUCAUUGCCGGUGAUGAUUCAUCAGAAGAAAGACAUUCCUUUCUGACUAAAUAAAGAAACAUGACGUCAAUCUAGGACCUUGGUGAGAGAGGAGAAUCUAGCCUUUUGCUCUGGUAUUUUAUUUAAUUCACAUGUUUAAUCAAUAAUGUUUGAUUAUUAAUAUUUAAUGUUUUAUGUGUAAUUCCUAACUGUUACUAUCUCGUGUUGUCACUUGCGGGCGGAGCACCAAGCCAAAUUCCUUGUAUGUGAAUACUUGCUCAAUAAACUUAUUCAUUCAUUCAUUCAGGCACAGCGGCAGUUUUUGGAUUGAGCAAUGAGGAAACA